CUGGCCAGGAAGCUCUCUCUUCCCCUGGAGCGACCAACAGGUGUCCCACGUGGCUGCCGCCCCCUCAACCCCGGGUGCCCCUCCCGCGGGCGCAUAGCGCCCCCUGGCCAGAGCCGCACCCACGCGGGCCAGCAGAAAGCGUGGAUGCCGCGCGGCUCGCUGCGCUCCGCGGGGUAAGCGGCUACCAGCUACCAGAGUCAGCUCUGCUUGCACCCCACGCGCGCUUGGCAGCCUGGACAAGGCCGGAGGCCCGUUGGGUAGCGUGGUGGAGGAACCCGCUCUGCGCCCUCCGCCUUACUGGUGCGCGGAGUCUGCGCCCGCCAGCGCACCACUGCGGGCUUUGUUCAGCAUUGUCUGUGCCCACCUGGGCGCCGCCUGCCCGGGAAGUAGGUGACCCUGGCGGCCGUGCACCUGGCGUGCGCCCUUCUCUGGACCCCGCGCGGUCGGUGCCCCGCGAGCCGGCGGAGGUGGUGGAACUUGGGCACUGCAGGGGCGCAGACCCCAGGGGAACACAACGCAGUUCUCUAUCAAUAUGCCCUCUGUCCUGAUGCUGGGAGUCAUCUGGAUCUUCUUGUUUUCCAGAGUGCCUCCAUCCCUCCCUCUUCAGGAAGUCCACGCAAGCAGGGAGACCAUUGGAAAGAUUGCGGCUGCCAGUAAGAUGAUGUGGUGCUCAGCUGCCUUGGACAUCCUCUUCCUGCUAGAUGGCUCUCACAGUGUUGGCAAAGGGAGCUUUGAGAGAUCUAAGCACUUUGCCAUCACUGUCUGCGAUGCUCUGGACAUUGGCCUUGAGAGGGUCAGAGUGGGAGCAUUCCAGUUUGGUUCUACUCCUCGUCUGGAAUUCUCCUUGGAUUCAUUUUCAACUCGACAGGAAGUAAAGGCACAAAUAAAGAGGAUGGUUUUCAAGGGAGGACGCACAGAGACAGGCCUUGUUCUGAAAUACCUUCUUCGAAGAGGGUUCCCUGGAGGCAGAAAUGGCUCUGUGCCCCAGUUACUCAUCAUUGUCACCGAUGGCAAGUCCCAGGGGCAGGUGGCACUGCUGGCCAAGCAGCUGAAGGAAAAAGGUGUCACUGUGUUUGCUGUGGGCGUCCGGUUUCCCAGGUGGGAGGAGCUGCACGUUCUGGCCAGCGAGCCCCAGGAGCAGCACGUGCUGUUGGCUGAGCAAGUGGAGGAUGCCACCAAUGGCCUCCUCAGCGCCCUCAGCAGCUCUGCACUCUGCAGUGCUGUUGCUCCAGACUGCAGGGUCGAGGCUCACCCUUGUGAGCACAGGACGCUGGAGACCAUCAGGGAGCUGGCUGGCACCGCCCCAUGCUGGAGAGGAGCCCUGCGGGCCGAUGCUGUGCUGGCCACACGCUGUCCCUUCUAUAGCUGGAAGAGAGUAUUUCUAAGCCACCCUGCCACCUGCUACAGGACCACCUGUCCAGGUCCUUGUGACUCCCAGCCCUGCGAGAAUGGAGGCACAUGUGUUCCGGAAGGACUGGACAGGUACCAUUGUCUCUGCCCACUGGCCUUCAGAGGGGAAGCCAACUGUGCUCUGAAGCUGAGCCUGGAGCGUAGAAUCCAUGUUCUCUUCCUGCUGGACAGCUCUGCAAGCACCACCCUGGAAGGCUUCCUGCGGGCCAAGGCUUUUGUGAAGCGUUUUGCGCAGGCCGUGCUGAGCGAGGACUCUCCAGCCCGUGUGGGAGUGGCCAGCUACAGCGGGGAGCUGACAGUGGUGGUGCCUAUUGGGGAGUACCAGGACAUGCCGGACCUGGUCAGAAGACUCGAUGGCAUCGCAUUCAAUGGUGGCCCCACCCUUACAGGGAAAGCCUUGCGCCAGGUGGCAGAGCGUGGCUUUGGGACUGCCACCAGGACAAGACAAGAUCGGCCAAGAAGGGUGGUGGUCCUGUUUACUGAGUCACACUCCCAGGAUGAGGUGGCUGGCCCUGCACAUCAUGCAAGAGGCCGGGAUCUCCUCCUGCUUGGUGUGGGCAGUGAGGCAGUGCAGGCAGAGCUAGAGGAGAUCACAGGUAGCCAGAGGCAUGUGAUGGUCUACACAGAACCUCAGGAUCUGUUCAACAAAAUCCCUGAGCUGCAGGGCAAGCUGUGCACCCGACCACGGUCAGGCUGCCAGGCACAAUCCAUGGACCUGGUCUUCCUGUUGGAUGCCUCAGCCACAGUGGGACCUGAGAACUUUGCUCAGAUGCAGAGCUUUGUGAGGAACUGCGCCCUCCAAUUUGACGUGAACCCUGACGUGGUACAGGUUGGCCUGGUGGUGUAUGGCAGCCGGGUGCAGACAGCCUUUGGGCUGGAUGCCCACCUCACCCGUGCUGCUGUGCUGAGGGCCAUGAGCCAGGCCCCCUAUCUGGGGGGAGUGGGCUCAGCUGGCAUGGCCUUACUACACAUCUAUGACAAGGUGAUGACUGUCCAGAAGGGUGCCCGGCCUGGGGUCCCUAAGGCAGUGGUGAUGGUCACAGAUGGGAGGGGGGCAGAGGAUGCAGCUGUCCCUGCGCAGAAGCUGAGAAACAAUGGCAUCUCCAUCUUGGUUGUGGGCGUGGGUCCUGUCCUGCGGGAUGCGCUGAGGAGGCUCGCAGGUCCGAGGGAUGUCCUGAUCCACGCAGCUGCUUACUCCAACCUGCAGUUCCACCAGGACAAGCUCAUCGAGUGGAUAUGUGGAGAGGCCAAGCAGCCAGUCAACCUCUGCAAACCCAGCCCCUGCAUGAAUGAGGGCACUUGUGUCCUGCGGCGCGGGAGCUACCGCUGCGAGUGCCGUGACGGUUGGCAGGGGCCCCACUGCGAGAACCGGGUCUUGAGAGGAGAUGCCCUCAAGGCACGUGGCUCUCGCCAGGAUCCUGCUGGAGGGCUGCACGUACAUGGCUCCCAGCAAUUGCAGAGACCUGGGCAUCCUGGGAGCUGAACGGGCACUGCCUUUGGCAGAGCACAUUGCCUGGGUCCUUGUGUGUCUGCAGCUUGCUCUGCAUAUAGCCCCCCUACCAGCCUGUGCCAGGCACAGGAUGCAACCUGUGGUGCUUGGGACAACAGGAGCAGCUGAUGUCACCUACUGAGAGUGAUGCUGAAAAGGCUUCUUGCUGUGAGUACUUUCUGACCCAGUUGCACCUUGUCAAGGAUGUCAUCUGCCACUUUUCCCCUGAGGAUAAACAGGGGAUAAUGGAGAAUGCUGAUGGCUUUGUGUGAAGUUCACUUUUGUCAGACAGAAUUUUAUUGAGACAGAAAGCUCCAACAAAAAGUAUUGACUAAGCUGUCAUCUGGACCACCAACACAAUGGCAUCAUUUCCAGAUGGAAAAGUGUAGACUGCGUUGCAUCCCAGAAGAACUCCAGCAUGCUUUGCUUUUAAAUGGAAAAGGGACUUCCAUGGCAUUUGUGACUUCUGGUGACUGGAUCUGUGUGGCAGACCAAAGGUCUCAAAGUGCAUUUGACCACUUGACCCACUUGCUUGGUGAUGGGGGGGGUAGGCAUGUGGAUGGCCCAUUCUGGAGCGGCCACAUGUGACCAGUCUAGAUGCCAGGUACCAGCUCUCUGGAGUGUUCUUUUGAAAGUGUUUACUUGCGAGGGGCUAAUGGUGGGUUCUUACUGGAGAUUUGCUUUUCCCAGCUGGUAGUAGGGACAAAGAAUUCUUAAAUCCAACAUGUAAAGGAUAAAGACACUUGUGGAGA